AUGGCAAGGCGAAGCGAACCCCGGGAUGAUGGAGCAACUUUGGUCUUGUUUUUUCCAACCCUUCGUUUCCCUUCAACGCGAUUUGGAAUCCGCAGUCCUCCAACAACAAACCUCGCAGGACUCUUGACGACCACCACCACACCAAGCAGUGAGACAUCCUUCCCGCCUACAGGCAACUAUUCAAAUAUAUUCGACAGUCCUCAAGUUGUUAUAGCUCCUGAGAUGGCGAACACAGCACCUGCCCGCGGGGAGAACCCGACGUCCACCACCCCCGUCACCUCUACGUAUGUUUCUCAUGCUAUUCAUAUCGCUUGAACUUGGAAACUAAUUAUCGAUCCUAGCAUGCUCUCCUCUGGCCGAUACUCUGACCUUGUAUUCGUCUGCAAGGGAAAAUCGUUCAAGGUACACAAGGCAGUCGUCUGCCUUCAAAGCAAACCCAUCGCAGCUGCCAUCGAUGGUGGAUUCAAGGUAAGUUUAUAUUGCCCUAACUUUUUUUCGCGUUUGAUUCAACAGACCGCAGCUAACUCCUAAUGCAGGAAGCCGUUGAGUGCAAGUUUGAGUUCGAGGAAGAGGACCCAAAGACCGUCGAACUAUUCGUCAAAUUCCUCUACUUGCGUGAGUACAACGACGGCAGCCGCAAGCAAGAAGCAAGCGAGAGUACAAGAGCCGGUCCAUUAUUUACCAAGGCUGGUCAUGCAGACAUCCGCGGCGUAAAGGACUUUGAGAUCUUGCGCAAUUACGAGGCCACUAUGUAUUUAAACAACGGCAGAGAAUGGUGGAAGAACUACAACCCCGUCGGAUCCCAAUCUACCACCACCAACCCUAACACUGCCUCCACCAAUCCUCCAAAAUACACCCACAACAACCUCGCCCUCCUCCAAAACGCAAAGCUCUACAUCAUGGCCGAAAAAUACGACGUCCAACCCCUCAAAUUCCUCGCCGAGCAAAAAUACACCGUCCUCGCCCCCUCUACCUGGAACAGCCCCUCCUUCAUCACCAGCCUCCGUCUCCUCUACGAGGGCACUUCCGAAUCCGACUCUCUCAUGAACUACGCCAUCCGCAUCGCCUCGCACCACGUCAGCAUCCUCAUCGACCGUCCGGACUACGCCCUUCUCUGCAAGGAUCACGGCGAGCUCGGCUUCGAGAUCAUGAAGGCGCUUGCGCAACGACGACACGCUUGUGACACUCCCCCUCCUCCUAUUCCGGUCUGUGAUGAGUGUCGGCAGAGUUUCUAUAAGUGUGUUUGUGGUGCGGCGGCUUUUGCGAAGAGCUAUGCGACGAUGGUGCGCGAGGCGGGCUUGGAUCCUAGGACUGCUUUUAAUGCUUCUAGAGGUCGUACUGGUGGUGGUGCUGGUGCUAGUGGUUCGUGUGCGCGGCAUGGUCGAAAUUAGGGGUUUAUACUUGCUGUAUACUGCCUAGGAACUUACAUAUUUGGUGUUCUUUUGAGAUGGGAAAUAAGUAGUACCGUACCCGUAAAUGAUGAUUAGUAAAUACAAGCUUUCUCUACCG